GUCAUAAAAUUACAAAGUAACCUUUUCUCUCCCGAUCCACCGAAUCGAUUCGGGCACGGGAUACCACAAUUCACAAAUUCACAAACAUGACCUCCCAAUCCCUAGCUUAGUUUUAGGUUCUUUCUUUUUUAAUCAAUUCAAAUCAAAUCAAAAACCCCAAAACCUCAAAAAUUUUAGUGCGGGUGGAGAUAUAGAAAAAGGAAAUAAUAUGGAUCAGCACGAGCAUGAAGAGCAAGAGCAUGAGGUGUAUGGCAGUGAGAUUCCCGAUGAGAGAGAGAUGGAUGCUGAUAUCGACAUGUCUUCUAGACCUGAGGAAGAAGAAGAAGAAGUAGAAGAAGAAUAUGACGAACAAAACCCUAACUCUAAGGAUUUGGAGGACAUGAAGAAGAGACUUAAAGAGAUUGAAGAAGAAGCCGGCGCACUCCGUGAAAUGCAGGCUAAAGUUGAGAAGGAGAUGGGAGCUGUUCAAGAUUCCUCAAGUGGUUCUGCAACGCAAGCUGAGAAGGAGGAGGUGGAUUCGCGAUCUGUAUACGUUGGUAAUGUAGACUAUGCCUGUACUCCUGAAGAAGUUCAGCAGCAUUUUCAAUCAUGUGGAACUGUAAACAGAGUGACAAUUUUGACUGACAAGUUUGGUCAACCAAAGGGUUUUGCAUAUGUUGAAUUUGUAGAGGUUGAUGCUGUUCAAAAUGCUCUUUUGUUGAAUGAAUCGGAAUUGCAUGGCCGUCAGUUAAAGGUCUCUGCUAAGCGUACCAAUAUUCCUGGAAUGAAGCAGUAUCGAGGAAGGCGUCCCAACCCUUAUUCUGGGUUCAGAUCCCGAAGGCCAUUCAUGCCUGCUCCUUUCUCUCCCCCAUAUGGGUAUGGGCCAAAGAGCAUAUACAAGGAUCCUGAUGAUGGGAAGCAGCGGUUUUUACUUGAGUUAGAAUUUGUCCAAUGUCUAGCUAAUCCCACUUAUAUCCACUAUUUGGCUCAGAAUCGCUAUUUUGAAGAUGAAGCAUUUAUUGGCUACUUGAAAUACCUUCAGUACUGGCAACAACCUGAGUAUAUAAAAUUUAUUAUGUACCCUCAUUGCCUUUUUUUUCUUGAAUUGCUUCAAAAUGCAAGCUUCCGCAAUGCAAUGGCACAUCCUGGCAACAAGGAAUUGACACAUAGGCAGCAAUUCUUUUUCUGGAAGAACUAUAGAAACAACCGGCUGAAGCACAUUUUACCUAGACCGCUUCCUGAACCUGUUCCUACACCCCCUACUUCUGCUCUACCUCUACCACCUUUGCAAUCAUCACCUGUGCCUCCUACAACCGUUGCUAUGCCAGCUGCUUCUGCCUCAGCCCUCUCUCCCAUGCCAUAUGGCAUGCCCCCUGGAUCUACUCUUGCAAAAAAUGAUAUGCGGAACACUGGAAUUGAUCGAAGAAAAAGAAAGAAAGAAGUUUAACCUGAAUCAUCUUAGUUGAAAGCACUGGGGUGAAUAUAUCUGCUGAGGUUAUGAAAUCCAUGCACCGUAAUCAGCAGCCCCAAGGUUCUUUUGAUGGAUUUGCAGACCAACCUACAAGACCUACCUUCCCUGUUGCCUGUUUCUCGAUGCACCGAAUGUAAUUCUGGUAUAGCAUCUUUGUCUCUCUAGUGUAAUGAGCCUGAUUUGUGUUUUAGAACUUCAUAAUUUAUAGUUAAAGCUGAAAAUGAUCAGCUCAUAUGCCAACAGGUAGACUACUUGUAAGGAAAUGAGAGACUUUCUAGAAUUCAUUUGCUAGUUUAUAUGCGUGUUGUUGGCAAAGCUCUCAUGUGGCAACAGAUUUUAAUAAUCUUUCUAUUACAAGUUCUGUUCCGAGUGUCUGAAGGAAUCUGUUUUCUA